GCCAUAUUUGAUAGCUUGGUUCAUGUCCAGAACAAACGAGGAAGAGAUCGGCGAGACAGUCUCCAUUGAGGUCUAUGAAAGCAUUGCUGUGUGUCUGGCUCAUCUUACAAGGUGUGCCAGUGGAUGUGUCGAAAUUGGGUUCUAUAAUGUCGUACGGCUGGUCGCGAUCAUCGAGAGUAUUGGAGUAUAAAGACAAUUGAUCAUCUUUGGUACCCGCAUCGUAACGAUAAGCGAGGAAAUCGUUCGAUAGUCUACCUUGUGCAUCGAAGAAUGUCGGUUGGGUGUAUGAUAUGUUAGGAAGUUGUACUGGUGAUUCAAAACCGCCAUUGCCAUCACCGUGGAAUAAAUAAAGUUGUAUCUCUGUCGUUGUACGCCCCUCACCGACAGCCAUUACAUCGAGUUUACCAUCGUGGUCGAUAUCUGUAGCGACUAAAGUUGAUAUUUUAAAAGGAACGCUAACUGUUGAAUUACUCUCAAAGGUGUAUUUGUCAUGAUUCCAUAGAUGCGACCGUAUUGUCUUCUGGUCAGCAUCGACAGAGAGGAUAUCUAAAUAUUGAUCACCGUUGAGAUCUCCUAAUGCAGAUACGCGACCUGAUAUUCCGUCUAAACCUAGUUCUCCAGCGUCAAUUAAACCAUCCUGUGUGAAUCGCUGCUUAGUGGAAAUAUCCCAGCCAUAAGCCAAAGUUGUUAAACUAGUUGUAGCUAAAAGUAUUCUAUUAUCUAUUAUUCUCAUUUCGUAGUCCUUGAUUAAGAACAGCGAUGAGUGUGCUGGAUCAUCCGAUAGAAUUUCUACCAACGAGUACGCAAUGGAGUGAAGAUAACAAUCCUGGUAAGCCACCUACCAGAAGAUUAAAGAGGCUUUCUCUACUCAACGGAAAAGAUAACGAUAGACGGCGAUCUGAGAGUACGGAAGCGGGUUCAUCGAUAAGCUCAUUAAGUAGCGUGAGGAGGAGCAGUACUCUAAGUACGAUUGCUACACCAAGAAAAUACAAGCCAAGUACAGAAUACAUCCCUUAUCGUGCACACAAUAGACAUUCAUCCAGUUUGGAUAGCUACUCUAGCGAGAGCAGCACACCUUUACAACAUACACCGCCGAUGACGCUAUUUGAUCAACACGCUCCUUUAUUAGCCAAUAUAGCUCACAAAGAGUCUGUUGUCAACGAUCUUAGAUAUGAGCUCGACUUACACGAGAAAGAGCUCAGGAAAUUACGGAUGGAUUGGCGGAGGAUCACGGCUGCUGCUAACGCUAACAGCAAUAGGAGAAAUAGCAAGGAUAACAAUAGUGAUGACCAACAGACGCUGGUGCAGGCACCUACAGCGCACAAUAGAACUCCCUCACCAUUAAAUGCUAAUAUGCAGCCCCGUAGAAUGUCACAUACGGAAAAUACACCAAAUGCGAUCAUACAACAAGGUGUUGAUAUGUUGGUAGAGGGUGUCGGUGCAUUCUGGGAUGGAUUCAAGAAUGGACCAGGUCAAGGACCACCAAGACGAGCAUAACUUUAAUGUAACAUAUACAUAAUUCUUACAUA